AUGUCCGCCUCUUUGAAGUACGUGACGCUGGAUGUGUUUACCAGCAAGCGGUUCAAGGGUAACGCCUUGGCCGUCGUCUUCCUCUCAGACUCCAACCAGAUUACCCAGGAGCAGAAACAGACGCUGGCCACAGAAUUUAACUAUUCAGAGACGAUCUUCUUUCAUCCGGCGAACUCUGACCCUAGCCAGCCCCGGAAGAUAGACAUAUUCACAACCGAACAGGAGCUUCCAUUUGCCGGCCAUCCAACAAUUGGCGCCGCAUCGUGGCUACUAGUUCACUCGAAGGAUCAAGCUUCUGCAGAACAACCGGAGAAACCAACCUCCCUCACCACUAAGGCUGGAAAUAUACCAAUUUCUUUAGUACCAGAGAACCCAAACCAAGUCUCUGCUUCAAUCCCGCAUAAUGUGCGAAUUCAUUCCACCAGGAUGCCACUCUCGGAACUGCUGAGACUCCAUCCCAGCCUAGAAAAUUCACUAGACGCUCAAGCAUACCAAACCGGCUUCCCUGUGGUCUCCAUUGUCAAAGGGAUGACAGCAGUGCAUGUUCACCUUCCCAGUCUCGAAGCACUAGCUCAGGUCACAACAGCCACUGAAUCUAUCCCAGCCAAGGGGGUAGCAGCUGGCGGUUACUUAGAUGAGGGCUGGGAUGUCGAGGGCCAUGUCUCAGUCUAUUUCUACGUUCGGAACGUCUGGGAUGAAGAGCUUCAGAAAAAGGUCAUUCGUUCCAGGAUGAUGGCAGGAAACUUGGAGGAUGCUGCUACCGGCAGUGCCGCUAGUGGACUAGCUUCCUACCUCACACUGACCGAUCCUGAGAUAAUUGCAAAGGGCAAGGAAAGCUACACCAUCAUCCAGGGUGUUGAGAUGGGGAAGAGAAGCGAGAUAGGGCUCCAGGUGGUUCUUAAAGACAGCAAGAAGGAAAUUAACGCCGUCUACCUCCAGGGAAGCGCUGUGAAAGUGGCUGAAGGGACAAUCUUGACAAGCAGUGAAUAG